AGAGGGGCCCGGAGCAAGAUGGCGAUCAACCAGAGCCACACCGAAAACCGCCGAGGGGCCAUCGUCCCUUACGGCGAAAGCGUCCUGCAGCACUGCCACGACGUGGACCUCUCCUUCCCUCAGCACCCGCAGGGAUCCAAUCUCUUGAGCGGUAAAAGGAGGGGGACGCUGUUCCUCACUUCAUACCGGGUGAUCUUCGUGACUUCGCAGCCGGUCAGCGACCCCCUGUGCUCUUUCAUGAUGCCGUUCGACCUCAUGAGCAACUGCACCGUGGAACAGCCCGUCUUCGACUGCAACUACAUCAAGGGAACCAUUCGGGCAGCCCCGGAUGGCGGCUGGGACGGGCAGGCUACCUUCAAACUGGCCUUCAGGAGAGGAGGUGCCAUCAAGUUUUCCCAGAUGCUGAUGAGCGCUGCCUCCGCUGCUGCCCGGGGAACUCCACUUAGAAGUAUAAACUACUGGUUUGGCAGUCCAGGGCUGUUCGUCGUUGCCGGGCAGGGGGGCGCGCUGUGCAACCAAGAGAUGCCUUGUCCAGCAUACCCAGUUGUUGUCUACGGGCCCCAGCCUGUGAGAUACGGAGCCCCGCCGGGAGGAUAUGGAGCCCCACCGGGAGGAUACGGAGCCCCGCCAGCAGGAUAUGGAGCCCCGCCAGAGGGAUACGGAGCCCCACCAGAGAGAUCUGAAGCCCCACCUAUGGGAUAUGGAGCCCCACCGCCUGUAUACGAAGCUCUGCCUGCGGGGAACAGAGCCCCACCACCUGUAUAUGAAGCUCAGCCUGUGGCAUACGGAGCCCCACCGCCUGUAUACGAAGCUCAGCCUGUGGCAUACGGAGCCCCACCACCUGUAUAUGAAGCUCAGCCUGUGGCAUACGGAGCUCCAUGGGCAGGAUAUGGAACCCCGCCUGCAGAAUAUGGAACCCCACCAGCUACAAAUGAACCCCCAUCUGCUAGACAUGCCGCUGGGACCCACAGUCCUGCGGCUGCCCAGCCUGCGGGACACGAGGCUUCUCCUCCUUCCACCUCGUCGCCUCAGGCCCAUUCACCGUCUUCCAAGAUGUGA